AAGGGGGGUUUCUCUAUCACGAUGACAGCUGUCAGCAGAAAUGGGGCGACAACAUUACAGGAAGUCUCACGACAGAGGUAUUUGUGGCCGGCUGCCUCACACGCCAGAUGCAAACAGAACAGCAUGGAAACGCUUGUUUUCUUAUUUCCUCAAAUUAACUUCAUGGCCCAGAAGGAGGAAGCGUAUUUCAAAAGGCUCGGCACACAAGACAGGCAAGAGCCAGCAAUGAAGUCCGAUAGCAGCAGACAGCAAAACGAGGAGCGGAAGUGCCGACCAAGUCUCACCAGGUCUGGCUCUCACGAAAAUCUCACUCAGCAGAGAAAGACAACAUCCAGCAACAUCUCGGCAGAGGCAGCCCUGCGAUGGGGCAACUCCUUCGAAGAACUGAUGAGAAGUGCAGACGGGGUGGAAACUUUCUCUCAGUUCCUCCGCACUGAAUUCAGUGAGGAAAACUUAGAGUUCUGGCUGGCGUGUGAAGAAUUCAAGACCUCCGACUCUGACAAGAAACUGCUGUCCAAGGCCAAACAUAUUUAUACUGUUUUCAUUGAGUCGGAUGCACCUAAAGAGGUCAACAUUGACUACAGCACCAAGAUGGCCAUCCGGACGAAUUUGGCGCAGCCCACCAGGAGCUGUUUCGAAGCCGCCCAGAUGAAAGUCUACAGCCUGAUGAAAAAAGACUCCUAUGCCCGAUUCCUGCACUGGGACCUUUAUUUGCACCUCAGCGGCAGGAGAGGGCCAGGAGUCCCAAUGUUUCGCAGAAGGUCACGCUCCUGCGUGUUCAACGAGCGAGGCAGCGGCACUGGCGAGCCUUCGCCCUGGUAGCAAUAACAUUCCAGACAUAGCCGCUCGCUCGUGAAAACGAUUAUUAUAUCGUGAUAAUCAGUGGCGAGCUGUAGAAUUUUAAUUGCAUAAUUUGUGUUUGAGAUGGUAAUCAUCCAAUGUGUCGGCGGAAUGAAUCAUUUUCUUUUACAAUCACAGCGGAUUAUUCAACCAAUAUUGGAGCCUGCCGACAAGCCAUUGAUCCGCACGCAUGGGGGAUAUUUUGAGGAAUAUGCCAAUUUAAUAAGGUACUGCGACUUCGUAUGUAUGUGUUAAUGUACCUUCCGCCCUCAUCUGUUUAGCAAAUAAGAUCGCAAGAACUCACUAAAGCCACCACUGGAUGAUAUUUCACCUCAUAAAUCUAUUCAAGAUUAGGACUUUUUUUUGUGUUUUAGACACAGAACUUCCAUGUCAACAUGAGCCAACCCUUUAUUGGCGUUUCGUGAGUGGGACGAUUAUUUCAACAAUAUAGAGCAGUGGUUCUCGAACUUUUUGAACCAAGUGGCACUUCAGCAAUGAUUUAGUUCUUCAAGUGCCAGCGUAAUGACCAACAUUAAAAUACAGUUGCUUAGUUGGAUGAGGUUUUAUGCUCAAAGGUAUAUUUAAUAUACUGUAUAUGGUAGCCACUGUAACAUUAUCCACAGGUUAAAAAUUAACACUGCGCUUAAGUAUCGGGAAUUAAAACUGAAACAAUGAUUCAAUUGAAAUAUAUUGCACAUGAAAUCUAAGUACAAAAAUGUACUUAAAUGUUUGAAAACAAACAUUCCGAAAUGAUUGAAUGCAAAUCUAUUGUACUUUAAGUGAAAUACAACUGAACUGUACUUAACAACUGUGCUGCAUUGGAUAAAAAUACAAAAUAAAAAUGAAAAGUUGAAAUCAC